AUGCUGGUUACAAGUCUCACACGUUUUUCGCUUGCACUUGUCGCCUUUUUUCUGGCUCAUACUGUGGCCCAGUCCUUUCCUCAAACCAAGGGAUGGCAGGAUCCUUCCAUCUCCCUUUCCUACGAAGACCGCGUUUCCCUGGCAGAAACAUCUCUCGACCUUACCUUCGGGCACGUAGCUCUUGGGUUCGGCAACGGACAGACCAGAGAUAUCCCAUUCUCCGCUGCAAUCCUCUAUGCGUCGUCAGAGUUUGACCGCCGCUCUCGUCAAUUCAUGUUCCGCGAUAGGAUAAUCGCAAACCUGACAGAGUUCCAGCAGAAGGGGAACUUCACAUCAAUAACCCGGCUGCUGUUUGGCUUAGCGUACUUGUCCGCUUACCAGGCGUACCCGGCUAGUCCACAAGCCAACGGAUUUCUCUCUACCGCCGAGAUGCUCUGGACUACUUCGCAGCGGUCUUUCGUAACACAAGCGGCCGCCACUGACGGAUCGCUGUCUGGGUUGGUCAGGACGUUCAAUCCGACGUGCGUACCCCUGUCGGGUGGCUCACCUACUUCUACUGCGGGCGCUGUGUCGGUAAAUGAGACGGUCAGAGCUGACGGAGAGACUGUGGGCCUCUGGAUAACACUUUCCGCGCAAUUACACAACGCCACCAACAAGGCGACCUAUCUGGACCCUGCAGCAACGUCCAUCAACUUCGCGAAAUCGUUUCUCUCCAAUGGCACGACUGUCUUCGACACAUACAACUUCAGCAGCUGCUCUCUGACGAAUGAGAGCAUAUACACAAGAAACGGCGGAUACUUCCUCAAAGGUCUCAGCGCAUACUAUAGCAGGAAUACAUCAGCGAUCACAUCGGAAGUGACGGAAUACGUGAGCGAACUGGCGGCGUCAUUGAUCUUAUACCCUGGCUGGACGCAGUCGGACUCAGGUAUCAACAUAGAGGGCGCCUUCACGACCCAAGGAGAGGAUUCGACGAAUGCGGACUACGUGGCUGACUGGAAAGCCAUACUCGUCGAGGGGCUCUACCAAUGUCUCGAGACAAGCCUUCUGAACACAAGCGUGAGCGAUCUCGCCCAACAGUAUAUCUCGGUCCAGUACAACGCCGUCAGAAACCUGGCAAGCUUCCAAAACUCUCAGACACCCAGCAUACAAUACUACGGACCCAGUUGGAAUGGCUCCCUCUCGAAUCUUACCAACCCCGACUGGUACGGCCAACAAGCUGCCAAUGAACUCUUCGUCACUGCUUUAGGAAUCGGUCCAGUCGCAACGCACUCGCAGAACCGUACCCGGACAGGUGCAAUCGUAGGCGGCGUUGUAGGCGGUGUGGCCCUUGUCGUCGGCGUCUUCCUCGCGGUCUUUUUUUGGCGUCGACGCAAGCGCACCUCCGCAGUGGACCUGAUCGAGGACAGCCCGCACCGCACCAACUUUGGGGCGGAGCCCUUCGUCGCGACUGAAGAGGAAUACCCCCUUUCCGAGCGCGACCGUGGUCUCUCGAAGCGUAGGCAUACCCCGCGCGUACCGGCUCCAUCCAGCGAAGGAGGCUCUGCGACUUCAGAGCGCGGGUUGGUAGAACAAAGCCGAGAUGGCGGGUCAGAGGGGUUGGUUCCCGUCGAUGCGAGCGCGCUACAGCGACUGUUGCUGAGUGUCGGUGGGGCUCUGUCGGACCUACAACACCGCGGGAGCGGGGAAGGCGGAUCGAGCAUCGCGCACGAGCCGCCGCCGAACUAUGAGGAGGGGGAAACCCACCAGUCAUCUCCUGAACCCCGUAUAGUAUAA